AUGGCAGCGCAAUUCGUAGAAUUACUGGCACAGUGGCUAAUACGCAGGCAAGGACAGGGAAUUGACGGUUUUUACGAGAAAGUAAUAUGGGAAGAUAUGAAGACGAUGGUGGAACAGUUUCUUACCUAUAUGGAAAACGAUCAUGACACACUGGUGACAUCGUGUGAUGAUAAAGGAUGGGGGCCGACAGGAAUCACAAAUUGGCAUAAUGAGGACGACACAGUCGUAUGCAAAAUGAUGGUGCCGGCAUUAUUUUUCAUGAAUGGAUGGGGGCUGGGUCCACAUGGGGAAUACGAUGCUGCGGCUGCAGGUGAUAGAUUACAGACAUAUAUACGGUGCAUAAUUGCGAAUGUAAUUAUGUUCCAGUUGAUAAGAGCAAACUGUGGCAGAAAUCAAGGUAUACGACAGGCAUUGCACAUAUUAGACCAGUUUAUGGCCACUGUGACUCAUGCUGUUAAUCUUAACAUGUGUACCUGGGUGCUUAAUAAUGACCUGAAAGUAGGAGGAAAAGUAAUAGGCGCACAAUUUGAUGACUGGAUAAUGAGGGAUGCAACAAUGAAGGCCAAGAUGACACAGUUACAGGAACGUGUAAAAUGCACACGAAGGGGGACACAGACAUCUGAAACCCGGAAGCGACGUAUGGAAUUAUUGAAAGAAGGAAAAGUGCGGGAUGCAAUGGAGAGAGGAAUGAAGGGUAUAUUAAAGAAAGUAGGGAAGAUAGUAGGGGGCGAAUGGGGGGCGGGGGCUGCCGCCGCAGACGAUGACGAAGAUGAGGAAGAUGAGGAGGACGAUGACGACGAGGAUGCGGAAGCACAAGAGGAGGACGCGAAUGGUUCAACGGCCGCUAAGCCUGUGGCACCACCGGCUGCACCCGCAUCAGCCGCAGCGGCCGCAGCAGGAUCAGGAGCAGUCGGACAAGGACCGGGUCAAGGACCGGGACCUGGACAACCCCCCCCACCUCCACCGCCAACUGCAGAAACGGCUGGAGCAAAGGCAGGAGGAAAGGGUGAAGCAGGACCACCCGCACCUAACGAAGCAGCAGAAUUAGGUACAGGAGGACCAGAGCAGAGUCCGAACAAGGAAGAAACCAACGUUACACCCAAGGAUGACAAAGGUGAGGAGAAGUGUCCUUAUGAGAAGAACAACGCAGUAUCUGUUCUUUCAGAUCCUAGGGGAGGGUCCCGUGCUAUUGUAUCAGCAGGUACUCACUCUUAUCAAGGACAGCCUGACUGUACAACAUGGACGUUGCUUAAGGAACAGGAGACAGCGACAUCUUCAACAGGUAAUGGUCCUUCGGAGGAAACGAAAAACAACGAUUCAAAAGAAACAGUUCCAGAAAAGGCACCAGCAUCUGGGACACCAGCAUCCUCGGCACCAACACCAACAGCUCCCUCAGGUGAAUCCGGUGCGACGGGUACAACAGGUUCUUCAGGUUCACCAGCGCAGCAAGGUGACGGGGGUACUAUCGAUCCCGCAGGUAAACCUGGUGAACCCGGCAGCAGCGGCACGGAUGCCGUCAUCGAUGGCGGCAAUGAUGACCCCCCUCCUCCCAAUCCACCCAAACCAAAACCGAACCCGAACCCCGAUCAGGCGGGGUCGAGCGGCGACCACGGUAGCGCAAGUACUCAAGCGGAAGGUACUGAACCGGGUGCAGCAGGUGGCGAAGGUGGGGGUGGUGGUUCUUCCAGUUCAUCAUCCAGUUCAAGCUCAAGUUCCAGUUCUGCUACUGGUGCGGCAGACGGUAAGCAAGCGGAUACUGGCUCCCAGAAAUCUCAGUCAACACCAUCACCCUCUCCUUCAAACAACUUUGGCUUGAACUUAGACUUUGGGAAAUAUACAGUAGGUGUAGCUGGAUCCUACGGACCCUAUGGGAUACCUGAAUCACCAGUAGGAGCUGCUAACAGGAAGAUCGAUGAUAGCAUCUCCCCCAUUUUUACUGCAACGGAUAUUUUCCUGUCUACCCCGGUUCUUAUGUUCUUUGCAUGCGUCAGUUCCCUUAUCCUGCUCUUUUUCCUUGGCAACUACUUUGCGCACCUCGCCAAACGACGACGCACGUUUCGCACCGUUCGUAACGUGCCGUCACCGCCACUCCACGAAGAAAUUCUACAGCAUCUACAACGCGGCGAACUACCGCCACCCGAUUACGGGCACACGAUUGUUAGGGAUAGGCAACCUGCGUCAACAUGCGCCCGACGACGACGCCCACCACGCGUGCAUAAACGCACGAUCAUCGAGCUACAUCUAGAAGUGCUCAACGAAUGUGAAGCAACCGAGUGGGAAAACGUCCAAGACGCCUAUUUGCACAUACUUGUGGCGGAGUUUGCGCAGGAGUUGAUGCGGGACGUGGAGCAGGACGAGGACACGAAUAACAAUAUCUUGGGUGUUUCUACGUCAGACCAGGGUUUACCAGGGAGUAAUGCUUCGUCCACUGACUCCGACGGAACGGACCCUUGUCCACCACAUGACCCCGAUCCAUGGAGUUGUAUGGAAACUACACAGUUAGAAACGGACCGUUCUCCACCUAACGAAGAGGACCGAUGGAAUUGUAUGGAAACCAUACAGUUAGAUACAGAACCCGACCCGCACUCCUCCCCGCGGCAUGAAUGCCCGAUCCGCGACCACACUUAUUGGAUUACCUGGAUUGACCGCAACAAGCAUCUAUUGCAGGCGUGCACGACGCAGCCGUGGUUUCUGCAAUUGAAAUCGGAUUGGAAACAAUACCUGCGCGAGCACAUGGCGGCACCCGGCGCAUCCGGUGAGCACAGGGCAGCCGCAACCAUGGAAAGCAAGAAGCACGCAUGGAAAGAAUGGGUAGCGCGACAACAUGACCUUAUGAAUACAUAUAGUCAGGAGCCCUGGUUUCAACAUUUGUUGAAUACUGUUGAGCAGGAGACAGAAUCGCAAAAAGGCGAAAUACCUGGCGUGGACAAAGACUUAGAAGUGGAAAACGUAAAUCCAGCAGCACAUGUGCUAAGCGUGACAGAUGUACCAUGCACGCAGCCAAUGCAUCCGCAACCUUACAUGAAACAACCGUUAACCGCUAAAACAUGGAUACUGAUCCUGGCAUUAGUCAUAGAACAGUGCGAAGUCGAACGCAGUUUGCAGGAGAAGGAGUUGUAUGUGGAUGAACUAUUGGAAAAGCUCUGA